AUGGCUGCUCCCUCAAUGCCGAAGUUAUGGGCAGUCUCUAUGGCCUAUGUGGAGUCCGUUCCCUCCCGGUUCAGCAGUCGACAGUCUUCCCUGGAACCUACUUCCUACACCGGCAGCAGUUACUACUCAUCAGAUGUGCGGGAGUUGCGAAGGCAAUUGCGACAAUUGGAGGACAAGUACAAGGAAGUCAUGGUUGUCAACGCCCAGCUUGACGGCGACAAGCAGCUCCUGAGGUAA